GACCAAAAGGCAGUGCAGGCGACUCAUUAGACCUCACUCUACUAUCCGGACAUCCCAACAGGGCCCAACGUCCAAAUCAAUGCAGGCAGCCUUAUGAUAUAAACCAGAACCACUUGCGUCUCCAACUUUCUUCAACUCUCACCCUACAUAACAUGAUUCAACGCGCAGGUGUCGCUCUUAGUCGUAUCGCAGACAAUGCUCCCAUUUCCAUCACGCACGUCGACGGCGCACCUUACUUCGGCACCUUUUCCGUACCUACUGAGAGUAAUAUCGACAAUAGUAGCGUCGAAGCGAUUGUAGAUACGAUAACUCGACUCGUGGGCUUCGAUACUACCCCUGCCGACAAUGAAUUUGCAAUUGCGUUCCCCAUAGCUGUCUCCAAAGACCAGUGGUCAACCUUCAAGAAGAAGAAAAUGUAUUCUCAUGACCAUUGUACGGCUUUUCUAAACGGCUAUGCGUCCGGUGCACCCGACAAAGGCGAUAUCAAUGGUCUCUUCAUUGAUCUGACCCCAGGCCAAGUCGCCGCCACACUCGUCAAUGGAGGCAUUCGCGACAAAAAGUGGUACUUCACAGGAUCCGGAGGAGGGCGAGUCGUCCUGGGUGACAUCAGCGAGCUCUCUAUCCAAACUGUGAUGGACAAACUCGUCAUUCCGGUUGUGCCAGAGCAUAUACACCCCUAUUGCAUCGGUAUCCUUCGACCAGAGGGAGCAUUCCCAAACCUUUCUUCAAACGAAUUAGAGGCUCGGUUCCCUGACACUCCUGUCAAAUGGGUUUCACUAAACGAUAUAUCCCAUGGUUCCGCCAUCCUUAUGAACCGUAAAGUCACUUCAGUCGACGACUCGGGUGGGGUCGAGUAUUCUUGGCUCCCAUUAGGUGUCACACUCGCCAACGGACAAAUCGUGACAAUUCUCCCUGGUGACCAACGUCUACCAACCGAUCGAAAGGUCAUACUCUCAACAUCUCAAGACAACCAAACAACCGCCACACUUCGAUUUUCUAUUGGGACUAUACCAUGGGGCGAAGUCGUAUUAGAGGGUCUGUCUCCAAAGGCAAAAGGGGAAGGACGCAUCAAGCUCACUAUUGAUUGCAACCACAGUGGAGGAACGGCGGUGGUCGUAGAGGAAGUUGGUUCGACAGUGCAGAAGACACUACGCCUGAAGAAUAUAGUAGAGAUUUCGUCAGCAGAUGCCAAAGCGUAUAAGGCAGAUACUGCCAAUAAACAAGUGGAGCAGACCCUCGGGGCAGAUGGUGUGAUUGGAGAAUUGCCAGAAUAG